AUGCUGGAGCUGCUCGAUCCAGGGUCUCUGCGAUGGAAUCGAUUGACAAAACGAAGCAAGGAAUUAGCAGCUGGGCGGAGUAAUUGUACUAAUGCCAGCCGCCCUACAGCGCCGUUCUGCCGCACUCCUACCGUCACUCCGAAACUGGUCCACGCUGCUAAAAAUAAACAUUUCAACUGCCCACGCCUCGUCAGCUGCUGUACUGCUCUCGUUACUGGUGCUAGCGGAAGUAGUGGCAUCACGCCGGUGACCAAGAUGACGGUCGCGACAAUACAUAUUACAAUAAUGUUGGCCCCGAUGGUGCGCAUUGUUGCAGUGACGGCAAUGUCGACGACAAAGCUGAUGAUGAAAAUGAUAAUUACGAGCGGUAAAGCGACUGCGGUAGUAGUAGUAGUAUUGUUGAAAGCGCACUUUGAGUGA